AUGUUUAAAACAAGCGCUGAGAGAGGCGCUUCAACGAAUUCAAAGAUAAAACUAGAGAGAUUUAAUGCCAAUGAUAAAGUUACCAAUUCAAUUUCAUCUCAUUACUCAACGAUUCAGACUCAAAUUCAAACUUCAGAUAAGAACUACUAUAAAAACUUAACUUCAGAUAAGAACUACUAUAAAAACUUAAAUUCAGCAUAUGAACAAACUAUAAUCGAGAACGAAAGUUUAAACAACAAAUAUCUUGCUUCUAAAAGAGAAAUACAAAUUUUACAAAAGCAAGUAACGGAUUUAAAGCAGCAGUUAUCAGAAUAUCAACAAAGAGAAAACGAAAUUACAACAAAAUAUGACAAUCUUAGUCGGAAAUAUCGUGAAAUGAAAGAAUCAUUUAAAAAUAAUGAAGAUAAAUACAUCAAAAAACAUAAUGAAAUACUUUCUGAAGUUCAGAACCAUCAGAGCAGUAUGGUUGAUGAUAUAUUACGUGAAUCUGAGAACAAAACUCAGGUGAUUAAUUGUAAAACAAAAGAAAUUAACGAAAAUCGAAUAAUGAUUAAUCGACUUAAGAAUCUAGUUGAAUUACAAGAAAAGCAGAUUAAAAAUCUUAAAGAAGAUCUAUCCCGUAGCGAUGAAAAAUACCAACAAUUAAAGAAUAAGCUCCAACUAGAGAAACAGCGACAUGAUGAAUACGCAAAAUCAACAUCAGUAGCACUGUCAGAAUCCACUCAAGCAACGUUGAACUAUGAAUCUUUAAUAGAAAAUCUUAGAAAUGAAAAUAACUUAUUAUCAAUGUCAAAUACUCAAUUGAAGUCUUCCAUUGAUAAAUUAAAACUACGAUUAAACUCUAGAAAGGAGAAAAUCUUCCAAAUAAAGACAGCUCUUAAAAAUAUCGCAGAAGAAAAUGAAGAAUUGCAAAACUCAGCAGUUCGAGAGAGUUCGCAAGUGAAUGAGCUGCAUAAGACAAUUAUUAGAUAUCAACAAGCUAUAGCUAAUGUUCCAAAUAGAGUAGAUAUAUUUUUAUCAACAAUUGAAAAAUUAUUUUCUGAAAUUAUUACAAAAGUUGAUUCCAAAUGUACAGAAAUAUAUUGUUCAGUUAAAACAUAUAAAGAAGAAGCUGCUAAAUCCAAACAGAGAGUGCUAGAACUAGCUAAACAGCUUGGUGAUGUAACAAAAAUGUUUCAAAAUUCAACAGCAAUUCAGAGCAAUUUAGAAGCCCAAAGAAGUCAAAUAGCGGCAGAAGUAGAAAAUGCUGCAUCAGCAAUUUGUUGUUUAGCAGGAGAGGACUUCCCAGCUGAUAAUGAUAUCCACAAAAGAUUACAAAAAGCAGUUUCAGCUGCGGAAAAAUUAGCAAAUGAAUCUUCUCAUAGUAGGAUAAAUUCUUCGGCGAUCGAUAAUUACGCAGAGUUUAAGGAUAACUUUAAUGAAGAAAGAAAAAGACUUUAUGCAGGUAUAUCAGAGCUUAGAAGCGCUUUAAAAAUAACAAAAGAAUCUUUAAUCCAAUCUGAAAGAGAAAAUUCUGUUCUUAGAAAAGAAUCGGCACUUUCCACUCCCAGAAAAGAAGUGUAUUUCGAUAUUGCCGAUAAUUAA